AUGGAAAAUGCUAUCUUCCAGCAUAACUUACCGAGUCCCAAGCGGCUGUGGCAGGCUCUAGAAGGCUGUUCCCGAACACCGAUCUGGAACACAUGUUAUGCAGGUGCAGGGCCGGUAUGGGUAGGUAUGGGCGCCACCCCUGAGGCUCGAUUUCUGGGGACGGAUUCACGUACGUCUGUUUUCGGAAGUGGAAGUUGGUCGUCUUCGCGUCUAGUGCCUUCUUCCAAGUCCGAACGGCCCACCAGCCCUCUGGCAGACAAUUUCUCUGGCACAUGCACAUGCCUCUAUUCGGGUUCCCUGUGCCCCAGGCUCAGCCUCCACCCCCAAUUGGCCGAAGAGACACUUGUGCAGAGGUUGUCCGCACAGUUGUCCUCAGUCUGCAGCCGGACAAGUCGCCUCGGCCGGUCAGAUUGUGAGGCUGAUUGGAGUGAAUGUGGACUCUGUAUGCCUCUCGGCGUGCGUCUGAGGGGUAGAUGGCCUGCCUCAAAUUGCCUCCACGAAUACGAUCGAGCAGCAGUGACAAGUGGUCUGGUUGAUUGGGGCAAUAAGACCGCACCGUGUGAGGAGUGA